AUGGCCGACACCGCCAUGGGCCCGGCGCCGCUGGAGCGCCAGGAGAGCGUGCCGAUGGAGAUCAUGAACAAGUGCGCCUACGGCGAGCCCUCGACGAAGACGAUCAUGGUCAUGGGCGCCGUCGCCGCGGUACUGGCCUCGAUCACCGUCUACUGCAUCGUCUCCUGGGCGCGGCGCUCCGCGCGGGCCAAGUUCAAGGCCAUGAUCAAGAGCGUCUUCGAGGAGGUCGACCACGACCACGGCGGCACCGUCGACAGCGACGAGCUCUACACGGCCGUCUUGCUCGUCUACCUCCAGGUGAGGGAGAGUACUUAAGCGGUCACGAACGCUAGACUAACUCGUGCGCCGGCGCAGGUGAAUAAGGCCAUCCGCGUCAUCGGCGCGGUCAAGCCCCCGAAGCGCCAUUCGGUGGAUGAGGUCCUCGCGCAGUACGCGAAAGACAACAAGUCGGGCAAGGAGCUCAACCAGGACCAGUUCGAGGACGUCAUGAAGAUCCUGUCCAAGGACGUCGCCGGCCGCGUGACGGUGACGUGCGGCAUCAUGGUCGGCUGCCCGAUGCUCGGCGGCAUUCUGGUGAAUAUGGCGCUCGCCAAGUUCGGCCGCCCGUCGGCGGCGCGCCCCUGCGGCAGCCUCCUGUUUACCUUACUCGAGCCCCAGUUCCCGACGAUCGUCUCCCUCGUCCUCAUGCUCGUGCUCCUUCCGUUAUUGCUGGACGCGCUCGACAGCUACCUCGAGAACCGCCAGUCGAAGCUCGGGGCCAUGAAGGAGCUCGUGCGCGCCGACUCGACGCCGAAGGCGACAGCGGCCGAGUCUUCCGUGCGCAAGGAGGCCGACAAGCUCGCCCAAGCCGUCGAGACGGCCGCCGAGGAAGUCAAGCCCGUCGCGGAGGCCGCGCCCAAGAAGAAGAAGGGCUUCUCGCCGUUCAAGGGCUUCGGCAAGAAGAAGGAGGCCUGAGCGGCGCGCCGGAGGCCUCUCGCGGCGGCCGCGCCGCCGCCCG